AUGGAGUGCUUCCGGAAGAUCCUUCGCCGAUCGCUGCUGAUUGUCAUCGUGCUUGGUGCAAGCUACCCCCUGCUGCUUCUUGCAGUUGGCAAGAUCGACCCCCUGACCUUCGGAAGAGUUAAAGUGAUUUUUUCCCGCACUGCCUACGCACCUGCGCAGCCGCAAAGCACAGAGCUUCAGCCUGACAAAGAGCAGGAGACCGCACAAGAAGAACCGGAGGCAGCAGAGACGACGGAGACCAGUUCCGUCGUCUCGGUGGUCCUAACUGCAUCUAAGGGGAGCGAGCCGGAAGGUUUUUGCCAGGUUCUGCAGCAGCUGGCCAACCGCAGCUGCUUGACGGACAGUGGAGGAAGUGGUGGUGGCUGCAGAAUUACGACGAAUUGCAGCGACUCUCCAUCUGGUGAUGCAUCGUUUUUUUCGCCGCCGGCAAGUGAAGCGAUGCUUCGUGCGAGCGCAGGCACCCGUUUCGUGCUCUUUCUGCGGGAUCCGCGAGACGUCCUGAUUUCGGCGUGCGACGUGCCAGCGCACGCUGGUUGCGAGAAUUUGAACCUUUUCCUAAUGCAGAACAUCCGGCCUGUUUCGAGAUCCGCAGAGCUAGGCUAUCGCAUCUUCACUUCCAUGAAGCGGGAGAGCCCCGAGAGAGCAGAAAUCUUCUACUACGAAGACUUCCACCGUGCCGCCAGCCGGAGCCGACUGCUCAGCGCUUUGGCGCAGUUCCUGGGUCUGUCCUUGGCAGAGCCGGAGCUUCGGUCCUUGGCCGAAGGAGGAAGGAAAAAAGGGGCGAUUUGCAUUGCGAACUCUUUGCUCCCGAACUUUUUGGCGGCGUCCUUGACCCGUGCGAUGGCCAAGGAGCUGCCUUUGGAUCUGGCGAAACGAUGGCAGGUCUUGUGCCCUCCGCUCUGGCCCAAGACCUGCCGAAGGAAGCUCAACCGCGGAGAAGGGCUUCUAGGCGACAGCUGUGGCAAACAUGCCCAAGGCUGCCCGGACCUUUGCCAUCGAAUACAUGAGCCACCUUUCUGUGCUUCGAUGUCCUCCGGCCCUGUUCCGAGACCUUGUCGCGUGGAUAGCACGGGCGAUUGGUUUCAGCACGUGGCACCCAGCCUGGAAACACGGGGCGUGAUCCACACCUACGUCCUGCCAUCAAGCAAGACAUCGAAAGCCCACGAGGUCCACACCAGGCUUUCCGCCUGGCGCUAUGCUUGGGAACGGGCGGGGUGGACCACACGCGUGCUGACCUUCAGCGAUGCCCAAAAGUCACCGGAGUUCGAAGAGUUGAAUGAGACGCUCUGGGCAGAGUUGAGGCCCGGGAGUUAUAGCUAUGGCUCCGAGCUUGAAGGCUAUUUCCGCUACUUGGCAAUGGCCUCCGCCGGAGGGGGCUGGAUGUCCGAGUACGACCUGAUCCCCACGUAUUUGACUGCGGACAUGGAGCCAGGAAACAACGGGACCUUCACGGUCUACCAGAACGAGGUCCCCGCCCUCAUGUCCGGCUCCAAGGCGGAGUGGUUGAAGGCAGCCAAGAAGAUGUUGAAAGAAAGGCUGCAGCACAAGGAUCGUCCAUCUUUCUCGGAAAGGCAGGCCUUGGAGGCCCUAAGGUUUCAGAAGGACCGAGACUUUGUCUUCAUGAACGUGGUUGCAGAGGCCGAUACUUGGCGGAAUCUUCCGAUGACACAUUGUCAGGUAAUGCAGCAGAUGACCCUGGCCCUGCACUUCUCUGAUGCUUCGAUUGCAAGGGCAGAAUUGAGAAACAAGAACCGGAGCAAGCUUAUGAUGAAGGCGGCCGAUCGCUGGUGGGCGUGUCAGUCUCCGCAGUCGAUAGGCCCGAUAGGCGCUACUCCGCCCGCUGCUAAGACGAAGCUGGCAGAGCCAGCACUGCCAGGGCCAGGAAGGGUUGAUUUCUUCCCACUUCGGGCAGAGGGAAACGCCAGCUUUCGGCUCCUCCUCCCGUCGGAAGCCGGCGCCGCAACCGGAGGGAGUGAUCUCGGAGUGGCCUGUACCGUGCUGAAUCAGCUGGCAAAGCUCCGCUGUUUCAGUAAGCUUAACUGCUCCUCAGAUGUCACAUGCGGGACGGAUGCAAUGUAUAUUGACAAUGUCAGCGACGGCAGCUGCAAAGACGUCUGGCCGCCCGUAGGCAAUGCCACAGACAUGCAUGAAGAAGCGAGGCUAUUCCUACAUGCGGGGCAGCCCGCGCAGGUCCUCGUUUUCCUGAGAGACCCCCGAGACAUCGUGAUUUCUGCUUUCCGAAGAGCUAAGACCAACCCAGACUGUCCAUCCAUGGAGCUCUUCGUCUUAAGGCACAUACAACCUGUGUCGCGAUGGGUGAAUAUGCGACACGAGUUUGUCAUGCGCCUGCGUGAGAUUGACGACACUCGCGCUCAAGUCUUCUUUUUCGAUGAUCUUUACAGCAACUUGACCAGCGUCGUGCGUUCCAUGGCACUCUUCGUGGGCGUGCGUGGCGAGAGGGAGGUGUCCGCAUCGAUGCUUCAACCACUUGUCGAUGUUGGCAUGUCCAGCAACCCCAACACAACAGCUCGCCAUCUGUGCCUUUCCAGUUCCGCUGUGUCAGAGCACGUGGGUGCUGCGAUGACGCGGCUGAUGAAGCGAGAGCUUUCGCAGACUCUCUGGGAGAGAUGGCGAAACUGCAAGCAAACGUGGCCGAAGGUGCCCACUUGUCCAGAAGGCUCGCAGCUUGCCAUACAGACCGGCUCUGCGGACUACUGCAGCGGUCCGCAAGGUCGCUCCUGCCCGAGUCUCUGCAGCAAAGAGAAGCAGGGCUCCGGCUGCCUAGAGCCGAGUCUGAGGCCAUCUCCGGGACCUUGUGUUGCCUCCCACGUUUCGGAGUUCUGGGGCGCUUUUCAAGGCCAGGGGAGGAGGCCUUUGAGGGUCAUGCACACCUACUACACCAACGAAGACGAUCCGUCCGACAAAGCAACAAACACGCUCAGUGCUUGGCAAGAGGCUUGGCGCCGUGCUGGUUGGGAGACCCGGAUUCUGACUAUAGAGGAUGCAAAGACUUCGGCGAACUUUAGCCAGGUAGAAAGAGACUUGCUUACAAAGGUCCCUCUGGGCAACAACCCAAGAUACGACUACCACUGCUACAUGCGCUACUUGGCUAUGGCCGAAGCAGGAGGCGGUUGGAUGUCGGACUACGACGUGAUCCCGACCUGGCUAACGCCAGACAUAGACUUGCCCAACAACGGCAGCUUUACCAUUUACCAGAACCAUGUUCCCGCCUUGCUGUCGGGCACACAGGAGGAGUGGUAUCGCAUGACACAUGCUCUCGUAUCCGUUGCUGUGGAGCAAGGCGAGGAACACGCGAUCUUGGCCCAGGGAAAGAAACUGUUCUCCGACAUGAUUGCAAUGCUGGUGCUGAGGAGUGUGGUGCCCCAGCCUCUCCUGUAUGUGAACGUUAUCGCAAAUGGCAACGAAUGGGGUCCGGAUGUGCGUGAGGUCGAUUGCGCAACGGUGCAAAGAUUCACUCUCGCAGUCCAUUUCUCCCACCGGGCAAUAGUGGAGCUUCAUCGGAAUCUGGGCAGUCGCGGUCGGACGAUGAGUGAGGCUUCCGAGCGCUUUUGGAAGUGUGCGGCAGAGGCAUCGCGGAGCUUCGCCACCAAAACCGGCACGCGAUCUUGA